UGGCUGGGCAUUUAUAAAUUCCCUCAAAUUCAGCCAUAUUAGACAGAGUAGAGACAACAAGUCAGCCUCUCCCUCCCUUUUUCUUGCUUUGUUUUGUUUUGCUUUGCUUUAGCUUGAGAAGGUGCAAAUGGAAGAAAGAAGAGGGAACAUCAAAGCAGAGAAUGAGAUGAACAUCAACAUGAAGGAAGAACAAAGCACACUUGACUGGAGAGGGAGGCCCUCCAACCCUAACAAACAUGGUGACUUCCAAGCUGCUUCAUUUGUUCUUGGGCUUCAGGCAUUUGAGAUAAUGGCAAUAGCAGCAGUAGGGAACAACCUGAUUACAUAUGUUAUAAAUGAGAUGCAUUUCUCCCUCUCCAACUCGGCAAACAUAGUGACAAACUUUGUGGGAACAAUCUUCCUUUUGGCCCUCCUUGGUGGUUACCUCUCUGACUCUUUUCUUGGGAGUUUCUGGACCAUGCUAAUCUUUGGCUUUGUGGAGCUUUCUGGAUUGAUAUUGCUGUCAGUCCAAGCUCAUGUUCCCCAAUUAAAGCCACCAAAGUGCAACAUGGUAACUGAUGGAGAGAAAUGUGAAGAAGCAAAGGGGGUGAAGGGCUUGAUUUUUUUUGUUGAACUAUACUUGGUGGCAUUAGGAAGUGGAUGUGUUAAACCCAACAUGAUUGCUCAUGGGGCUGAUCAGUUCAACAUUCAAACCAAAAAGCUCUCAACCUACUUUAAUGCUGCCUAUUUUGCCUUCUCCGUUGGUGAACUCUUUGCCCUUACCCUUCUUAUAUGGAUCCAAACUCAUGCCGGUAUGUAUGUCGGAUUCGGACUCUCAGCUGCUGCAAUGGCCAUGGGACUAAUUACCUUGGUUUCUGGGACACUGUAUUACAGAAACAAGCCUCCUCAAGGAAGCAUAUUCACCCCCGUUGCUCAAGUUUUGGUGGCAGCCAUAUUAAAGAGAAAGCAAAUUUGUCCAUCUAAUCCUAAUUCCAAUUGCAGUAUGCUUCAGACGCAAAGGUUUAGGUUCCUGGACAAAGCAUGCAUAAAAAAUGAAGAUGGAAAUAACAGGAGGAAGGAAAGUCCAUGGAGAUUGUGCAGUGUAAGCCAAGUGGAGAAACUGAAGAUAUUGAUAGCAGUAAUUCCUAUAUUUGGUUGCACCAUUGUUUUCAACACCAUUUUGGCUCAGCUCCAAACAUUCUCAGUGCAACAAGGAAGUGCCAUGGACACUCAACUCACCAACUCUUUCCAUAUCCCUCCAGCUUCCCUUCAGUCCAUCCCUUACAUCAUGCUCAUCUUCAUCCUCCCUUUAUACCACAAAUUCUUCGUCCCCUUCGCCACCAACAUCACUGGUCAUGAAUCCGGAAUUUCUCCUUUUCAAAGAAUAGGAUCGGGUCUUUUCCUUGCAACGUUUUCCAUGAUUUCAGCAGCUCUAUUGGAGAAGAAGAGAAGGGAGUCGGCCUUACAUUCGGGCAAAACAAUAUCCAUAUUUUGGAUCACCCCACAGUUCCUAAUCUUUGGAUUAUCAGAAAUGCUUACUGCGGUUGGCCUCAUUGAGUUCUUCUACAAGCAGUCCUUGAAUGGGAUGCAAGCAACUUUUACUGCCAUAACCUAUUGCUCUUACUCAUUUGGCUUCUACCUCAGUUCAGUGCUUGUUUCCCUGGUAAAUAAGAUCACUUCAGCUUCUUCCAAUGCCGGUGGUUGGCUUAGCUACAAUGAUCUGAACAAAAACAGGCUUGACCUUUUCUACUGGUUGUUAGCAGUCCUCAGCUUUCUCAACUUCCUAAACUAUCUAUUCUGGGCUAGAUGGCAUUCUCACCAUUCUUCUCCACCACCACAACCCACCGCACUGUCAAAAGAUGGUGGAUAUGAGAACAUACCAUAAAUUAAUGUUGCAUGGAACGUCGAUUUUCUACAUAUAAUAUGAGUAUUUCAAGCCAAUAUUAUCUACUGUAUAACUUGAAUGAUAGAUAAAGAUUUAGGAUGCCAUUCGGAAAGCUCUUUUAAAACGUAUACAGGUUGUAUAAACAAGUAAAGAAGACACUAUAAUUAAAGUGUAUCAUUCUUGAAUGUUUGUUUUAAUGGUCUCGACAGAUAAUUAUUAUGAUUA